CGUCGACGAUGGGCAUUCUAUACCAUCCUGGGGUUCAGCUGGUUGGAGCGUUCGUCCAUCUCCAUCCGGGCAAAAAGUGUUGGUCGAGCUGGAUGCCACCCCCCUCCCCCCCCACUCAGGUUGAAAAGUGCGGGGGAGGCGGCUGGGCAAAAGAGACUGAGAAGAGAGACACUGCACCAGUGUCAUCCCCAGCCAGCCACGUCUCAAACUCUCAUGUCAGUCAGUGCAUCUCCCACUGGAGCCGCUCCAAAAGAACUAGCUCAACAGGAACUCGCUCAAGCAGGAACUGAUGAGCUUUGCAAAAUGCUGAGAGAAAGGCCAAACGAGGCGCAAAUAUCAGCGCCCCUCAGAUUGCGCCAUCUCCGCAGAGCCCGGUCGCUCAGAACGUCUCCGUACACCCGCAUCCCUGCUAAGAUCCAUUCCAAGGCUCGUAGCUUCCUGAGCUGCCACGUCUCCCGUGCGGUCCGUGUGUCGCCGCAUCCUUGCGAAGGGUCAUCCUCGCUCUCUGGUCGCGCAGCGCUCGAUGCGAAUGCCGCAAAGGAGGCUGGCAUUCAUUCAUACUCUCAGACCUCCGAACCGUCUGCACUAGCUUUGACGACUGCCGUUGCAAACAACCUCAAUGAGCCAGGUGCACCUCUUGCAACUAUACCCCCGUCUCAUGGUCCGCUUACGGCACAUGCAAGUAUUUCUCCAGAAGCCACGCCCAAGCAAGCAACAGAUCCAGCACGAAGCGGCUCAUCUGCUAUUCGCACUCGCAAUGAAACGUUGAAGCAGACACGUGCGCUAGUGCGAGCUGGUCUGCAGGAAGCGCUUCAGGACAUUGUUGCCCAGUUGCUCGUGAUUGAUGGUCAGAAACAAGCAAACGAGACGUCUUCUGCGACGUCCAAAAGCGCUUCUCUGUGUCCUCAUCUGUCGCGACAACGCUCGAUCACUGUUGGCGAAAAUUGUGCCGUGACGGACCUGGCUGCUGAGCUAGACCCGUCCCCAGAAAGCAGCGAUGAAGACUCACAACUGGAGCCUAUGGACUCGGAUGAAGACGAAUUUUCACGAAAAAUAUGCGGCACAGGGGUUGAAGGCGUGCGUAAGCAAUUGUGGACCUUUGUGCUACUUUCCUCGACAGAUGAAUGUUCUCAAUCUUAGCGAUCCCUGCGUGGCGUCCCCUCUCCUUGUCGCUUCCAUCACUAACCUGACUAUAUGCUACUCAUUCUUUUGGACCUAGCACGACAAUCCCAAUCCAUACG